AUGAAACGUGAUUGUCAGAGGAGAGCUGACGAGUGGGUCAGACAGAGACAGACGGUCUACCUGGUCAUGGAUCUCCUGCUGAUGCUGUUGCUGUUGCUGUGGAGCUCAGGACUCCAGGCUGAAGAUAAACACCAAUCAACAGUAGGAAGCAGAAAGGAGUCCUCAGACAUAUCUCUAUGGGAGAUCAGACCUUACUGUCUUCAGGCUGGAUCUACACUGAGGGACUGUGCAUCAUCAGGUUCCUCUUCCUCCAUGGUGGAGCUCACCUGCUCAGACUCUGUCAGGCUGGUGAAUGGGACUAGUCUGUGUUCAGGCAGACUGGAGGUGAAGUCUGAGCAGUCGUGGUCCUCAGUGUGUGAAGCUGACUUUGACCAGCAGGAUGCAGAGGUGGUCUGUAGGGAGCUUGGCUGUGGGGCUCCUUCAGUCCUCCAGGGGGCGCUUUAUGGAGAAGUGGAGGCUCCAACGUGGACCAAAGAGUUCCAGUGUGGAGGCAAUGAGUCUGCUCUCCUGGACUGUAGAAGAUCAGACUCAGUUAGAAGAACCUGCUCACCUGGUAAAGCUGUUGGACUCACCUGCUCAGAGACUGUCAGGUUGGUGGGAGGAGCCAGUCGCUGUGCAGGUACACUGGAGGUGAAACAGGGAGAGUGGAGACCAGUGGAUAACUCUUUCUCUGACUGGAACCUGAAGCAAGCAGCUGUUGCCUGCAGAGAAUUGGACUGUGGCUCUGUUGUUUCAACAGGAAGCAGAUAUAAGUCCUUAUACAGACCUGCAUGGUGGAUCAACUCUUACUGUCUUCAGUCUGGAUCUACACUGAGGGACUGUGUAUCAUCAUCAACAGUUCCCUCUUCCUCCAUGGUGGAGCUCACCUGCUCAGACUCUGUCAGGCUGGUGAAUGGGGCUAGUCUGUGUUCAGGCAGACUGGAGGUGAAGUCUGAGCAGUCGUGGUCCUCAGUGUGUGAAGCUGACUUUGACCAGCAGGAUGCAGAGGUGGUCUGUAGGGAGCUUGACUGUGGGGCUCCUUCAGUCCUCCAGGGGGCGCUCUAUGGAGAAGUGGAGGCUCCAAUGUGGACCAAAGAGUUCCAGUGUGGAGGCAAUGAGUCUGCUCUCCUGGACUGUAGAAGAUCAGACUCAGCUAGAAGAACCUGCUCACCUGGUAAAGCUGUUGGACUCACCUGCUCAGAGCCUGUCAGGUUAGUGGGAGGAGCCAGUCGCUGUGCAGGUACACUGGAGAUGAAACACGGAGAGUGGAGACCAGUGAGUUACACUCGCUGGACCCUGAAGGAAGCAGCUGUUGUCUGCAGAGAAUUGGACUGUGGCUCUGCUGUUUCAGCAGGAAGUAGAGAUGAGUCCUCAGAUAGACCUGUAUGGAGGGCCGGGUUUUGCUAUUUUCUGUCUGGAUCUGCACUGAGGGACUGUGCAUCAUCAGAUUCCUCUUCCUCCAGAGUGGAGCUCACCUGCUCAGACUCUGUCAGGCUGGUGAAUGGGACUAGUCUGUGUUCAGGCAGACUGGAGGUGAAGUCUGAGCAGUCGUGGUCCUCAGUGUGUGAAGCUGACUUUGACCAGCAGGAUGCAGAGGUGGUCUGUAGGGAGCUUGACUGUGGGGCUCCUUCAGUCCUCCAGGGGGCGCUCUAUGGAGAAGUGGAGGCUCCAAUGUGGACCAAAGAGUUCCAGUGUGGAGGCCAUGAGUCUGCUCUCCAGGACUGUAGAAGAUCAGACUCAGCUAGAAGAACCUGCUCACCUGGUAAAGCUGUUGGACUCACCUGCUCAGAGACUGUCAGGUUGGUGGGAGGAGCCAGUCGCUGUGCAGGUACACUGGAGGUGAAACAGGGAGAGUGGAGACCAGUGGAUGACUCUUUCUCUGUCUGGACCCUGAAGGAAGCAGCUGUUGCCUGCAGAGAAUUGGACUGUGGCUCUGCUGUUUCAACAGGAAGCAGAAAGGAGUCCUCAGACAGAACUGUAUGGAGGAUCGAGCCUGACUGUCUUCAGUCUGGAUCUGCACUGAGGGACUGUGCAUUAUCAUAUUACUCUUCCUCCAUAGUGGUGGAGCUCACCUGCUCAGACUCUGUCAGGCUGGUGAAUGGGGCUAGUCUGUGUUCAGGCAGACUGGAGGUGAAGUCUGAGCGGUCGUGGUCCUCAGUGUGUGAAGCUGACUUUGACCAGCAGGAUGCAGAGGUGGUCUGUAGGGAGCUUGGCUGUGGGGCUCCUUCAGUCCUCCAGGGGGCACUCUAUGGAGAAAUGGAGGCUCAAAUAUGGACCAAAGAGUUCCAGUGUGGAGGCAAUGAAUCUGCUCUCCUGGACUGUAGAAGAUCAGACUCAGCUAGAAGAACCUGCUCACCUGGUAAAGCUGUUGGACUCACCUGCUCAGAGCCUGUCAGGUUGUUGGCAGGAGCCAGUCGCUGUGCAGGUACACUGGAGGUGAAACAGGGAGAGUGGAGACCAGUGAGUUCCUAUAAAUGGACCAUGAAGGAAGCAGCUGUUGCCUGCAGAGAAUUGGACUGUGGCUCUGCUGCUUCAACAGGACCGAGAAAGGAGUCCUCAGACAGACCUGUAUGGUUGAUCAGACCUGACUGUCUUCGGUCUGGAUCUACACUGAGGGACUGUGUAUCUUCACCAGGAUCCUCUUCCUCCAUGGUGGAGCUCACCUGCUCAGACCUGCUGUUUCAGCCAAUCAUCUCUGUGUCUCCUACCAUGGACGGGGUCUCCGGGGCCCAGCAGCAGGGGUUUCAGGUUCUCCAGGGCUCCAGCUUCAUUAUCAGCUGCUCCGUCCAGCCUCAGUACCCAGGAGGCUCCUUCCAGCUCACCUUCACCUCCUCCAACACAGUGUCCAAAACCCAGCCAGCUGUCAAUCACUCUGCUGACUUCCUGUUUCCUGCUGCAGACCCCGCCCACCAAGGAAACUACAGCUGUGUUUAUGGCGUCUAUGUUUUUUCUGAUAAGUUCUCCUCUGAGAGCCGUCUGCUCUCUCUCACUGUCAAAGUGUUGGAGACCAAAAUGAACGCCAGUGAAAACGCGGUGGAGGAGCUCAAGAUACAGAGUGCAGGUAUGAUGACCAGAUUGAAAAUCUGUGAAAACGAGGUGGAGGAGCUCAAGAGACAGAAUGCAGACCAACCAAAGGUGGCGUUCUCUCUUGGUCUCACUGACGACAGACAAAUUGGGCCCUUCAAUACUGACAUCACACUUAAGUUCAGUAAAGUCAUCACCAACUUUGGUCGGGUCUACAGUCCAACUACAGGUGUCUUCACAGCCCCAGUCAGAGGAGCCUACUACUUCUCAUUCAAUAUACUGGAUACCCGGAGUAACACAUGGAGGGAUGUUUAUCUCUAUCACAAUAACAAGAGAGUGUUGACCAGUCAUAAUUACAGUGUACAUAGCGGGGAAAGUGUUUCUAAUUCACUGGUUCUUCAGCUGGAAAAGGGGGAUGUGGUCUACCUGGUUUUAGCUGCUGGCCAUACUGUAUACGAUGAUGGUAAUGAUCAUACUUUCUUUAAUGGAUUUCUGCUUUUUCCACUGUGAGACUCAAACAUGAGAAUUGAUUUACCCCCAAAUGUUUGGCAUAGUGUAUAAACAAGUCAUACAGUAUUCAUGUGUAUAUGAAAGGAUGCACAUUGUUGCUGUGUUGACUUUGCUCUGCAACAAACUACAUAUGAAAUAAAAGAAUGAAUAUGAGGUUAAA